UCUCUCUCUCUCUCUCUCUCUCUCUCUCUCUCCCUCUCUCUUCACACAGCCAAUGGCAUCUUCUUUACUAUCACCCCUCUCAUUAAUGACAUUUACUACUUUGCCACUUACCACCGUUCUAUUCUUGUGUGUGUGUCGAUGGUCCAGGUAUUCUCUACUACAUGCUAUGCAAAGCCCUGAACGGAUCGCCAUUCAGUCCCGUCCUUCGGGGUUAGGGUUUUAUGUAGCGCGACUUUUACGUUACUCAGAUUCAAAAUUUCCUUGAGCCUCGAAAUGAGAUAUAUCUAUUUGCAGGUUGGUAAUGGCUACUUUUUGCUUGGGUCCUGAAGUUUGACUUUGCUGUACGGAAAAAAGGCUUUGUUUAUUUAUAUAUACUCCACCUUUUGAGAAUGGCAGAUGGGAGGCGGCAUUCAGUUGACAUCCCUAUUUCUAGAACCCUUGUAGCACUUAGGAGAGUGAGAUCAUUAAGGGAUCCAUCUACAAAUUCUAUGAGCAAAUUCUCCAUUUUACUUGAUAAUGUGAAAUGGGAAACAAAUUCAACUAAUGGGAUCUCUUUGCAGUUCCUAAAUGCUGAUCCAGAAGGUGCUUCUGAUCCUAAGGGCCUUUUAAGCUGUAGGAAUCUAGGAUUUGAUGGAAAAGGAGGGGAACAAGGUUAUGGCAUUGAGUUGCAUCCUAAUUUGGAGAAAUCCAAUUCUAAGUUGAUCAUGUGUGAGAAUUCAAAUGCUGUCGAGAAUUUGGGGUCUCUUAUUAAGACAAAGCAAAUUGAAGGAUUAGAUUCUUAUGGUUUAAAUGAGGAAAUAUGUAGAAACAUGUCACCCAGUAAAAGAUAUCACAGUAAUUUUAAUGAUAAAGGAUUAGUGUUGACACGUGUUGCACCUUCUGAUAAUCCUGUGGAGGUUGUAGAGUCAUGUAAUGGUUCACUUCUUGGAUCCUCAACAAUUGAAAGGUCCGACUACUCUGUUUUAAAGCGGAAACCUCACUAUGAGAAUCAGUUGAAGAUACAUGGGGCAGUUGGUGAUGUUGCAAGCCACAUGGGUAGUCCACAUGCAUCUAUAAACCACGCCCUUUCAAAUGACAGCAGAUCCUUUUGUGACGGUGAAGAAGUUGACCUUGUCACUCAUAACCACCGUGGAUGUGGGAUAAGUUACUGCUGGUCAAGAACUCCAAAAUUCAGAGAAUCAAAUCCUUCUUCUGAUGUGGAAGACUGUCCAUUGUUAGGUGAGGAUGUAGGGGAUACAACCUUUCAUGGACGGGGUUGCUGGAAGCACAUUAACAAUGACAUUAUCCCAUAUUCAGAAAGUCCUAGAAGUCUGAGUCAGAAAUUUAGGCCUAAAUCUUUUAAUGAAUUGGUUGGACAGAAUGUAGUAGUGAGAUCUCUUCUGAAUGCCAUUUAUAGAGGAAGGAUAACUUCCCUGUAUCUCUUCCAUGGCCCUCGCGGUACGGGCAAGACUUCCACAUCUAGGAUAUUUGCUGCUGCCUUAAACUGCCUGUCACUUGCAGAGUCUAAGCCCUGUGGUCUGUGCAGAGAAUGCCUCCUGUCCUUUUCUGGCAGAAGCAGGGAUGUUAAGGAAGUGGAUUCUAUGAGAAUCAAUCGGACAGACAAGCUGAGGUCCCUUAUAAAGAAUGCAGUCACUCCUCCCAUUUCAUCGAAGUUUAAAAUAUUCAUUGUUGAUGAGUGCCAAUUGCUGCAUGGAGAUACAUGGGCAGCUGUUCUGAACAGCCUGGAGAACCUUUCUCCACAUGUUGUCUUUGUAAUGAUCACUCCUGACCUUGAUAAGCUCCCACGUGUUGCAGUUUCAAGGUCCCAAAGGUAUCAUUUCCUGAAGAUAAAAGAUGCUGAUAUUGCAAGUAGAUUGCAGAAAAUUUGUGUUGAAGAGGGCCUUGAGUUUGAUCAGAUUGCAUUAGAUUUCGUUGCUUCUAAAUCCAGUGGCUCUCUUAGAGAUGCAGAGAUGAUGCUUGAUCAGCUGAGUUUGCUUGGUAGAAGAAUCACAAUGUCUCUGGCCUAUGAGCUGAUUGGAGUUGUUUCUGAUGAUGAGUUGCUUGAUUUGCUGGAUCUGGCUUUAUCUUCUGACACUUCAAACACAGUAAGAAGGGCAAGGGAACUGAUGAGAUCAAAAAUUGAUCCGAUGCAACUUACAUCCCAGCUGGCAAAUCUCAUCAUGGACAUUCUUGCGGCUGAAGAAGAACUGCAAAAGCUAAGUCAUGCCUUGAGAAUACUUUCUGAAACAGAGAAGCAUUUGAGAGUGUCAAAAAAUCAAACUACAUGGCUCACUGUAGCUCUUCUACAGCUAAGCUCGGUUGAGUUUUCUUCCCCAGAUACAAAUGACUCCAAAUUGUGUUUGAUAAGCGCACAAGACAAUGUUUGUAGCAUUGGAUCGGAAGGGGAGGGUAUGAAGCAACUUGUCGCUUGCUCCUGUGAUGCCAAUAAGUCACAUAAACAAGGGGUUCAUGAGGGUUGUCAAGGCACAUUGGAUUCCAUAUGGAAGAAGGUUACAGAGUUAUGCCAAUCUGAUUCUUUUAAGAAAUUUUUGAGGAAUCGAGGGAGGUUGUCUUCUCUUUCCGUUAACCAAGGUUUGGCAGUUGCCGAAUUGGAAUUUCGUCAUCCAGGCUAUGUAUCUAGAGCUGAAAAGUCAUGGAAACUUAUUGCAAGUUCACUUCAGUCUAUAUUGGGCUCUAAUGUAGAGAUCCGGAUCAAUCUUGCUCCGUGUGCUUCAACAUCAAAAGGUGCCAGAGUAUGCAAGCAGCUCUUGAGUUUCUUUAGCUAUACUUGCUGUAGAAAGCAGAGGUCAAAAUCAAAUACGGAACAUAGAACUGAUUCACAGUUUAGUGAUUAUACUUUUGAAAAGUCUAUGAUUAGAGACAGACCUCUUAUAACUUGUUCUCCGUAUUGUGGAUGUCAAAUAUCACAUAACUGUUAUGACAGAAUGGAAAUGGUAAAUGCUUUAAGAAAUAGUGAAGGAAAUGUUCUGAGCAUAGGGACAUCCUCAUCUCGCCGAUCAAUUGAAGAUGAUGGAUUGAAAACCCCAGGGAAUGGUGGUGACUCCUCAAAAGAAGAACUAAACAACUGUCAAUACCAUAUUAUAUCGAUAGAGGAACCCGAGAAUGUUCAGGAUUGUUUUCCCAAAACUUUUAGGCUUUCGAAGAAGUUUCAUCACUCAGAUGCUUAUCAAAUUACCCGUGCCAGCAACCGACUGGAAAACAAGCUUGCGUUGUCUAUUCCCAAGAAGACAUCUGGAAAACAAGCUUACAUCUGUGCCAAUGAUCCAUGCAUAUCGCGAGGCAGCUCCGAGAACUAUGGUAUUAUCUGUCAAGAGAGGGACAGACUGAAGGAGAGUUCUCAUGUGCUCUGUUGGAGAACACCAAAAUUCCGGAUAAAGGGACUGCAGCUUAGACAUCAAGGUAGACAGUCCCUGCAUGGUGGGUUGGCUUCUUCCUUGCUCAAGCGCUAAGUAAUGCUGCCCCAACGGAUGAUGGCAAUUUUUUGAUUGCUGAUGGAUGGGGAAACUCAAAAGAAUACCUGCAUAUUUUGUGUUUUGCAAAUCUAUGGAGUAGCAGUGAUGACAAUGCAUAUACAUAUCAGGUGCAAUGCAUUUACAUGUCAGGUGCUGCAAUGUUUCCUAAAGUGGUAGAAAUGCUUCAUUUAUACUAUUUAUAUAGAAGUAAAAUUUCAGAUAGCCAAAUUUGGGAAAGCAGAGGGAUAAGAAAGGGAAAUACCAAGU